AUGGAUACAGUUUCUAUUGUUAAUGUUGUGAACGUCUCUGCUCAAGUCAACAACAUCCCAAUACUGAGCGGGACAAACUUUAAGUUUUGGAAAGAAGCCGUGGAAAUUGUCCUCGGCUGUAUGGAUUUGGAUCUUGCACUUCGUUCGAAUCGACCCAUUUCUACUCUGGAAAACCCCAACGAAAGUAAAAUUGAUAGGUGGGAUCGCUCUGACCGAAUGUGCUUGAUGAUCAUGAAACGUUCCAUUCCGGAAGCAUUUCAAGGCUCUAUUACUGAGAGCGGGAGUGCCAAGAAGUUCCUUGAAGAAAUUGAGUAA